CAUUCUUGCUCCUUCGAGUGAGUAAAAAGGGUUGAGAUAAUGGCUGACCAUUCCAGUGACAAGAGACCAGACUUUGUCAUCGACUCGGCUCCCCAAAAUACUGCUCUAACCUCUUCAGGGCAGGAAAAGAUUGUCCCUGAAGAUGUGAUCGAUAACGAAAAGUCCGACAAUCGGCCUGAAGAGAAUGUUUCUUCCAAUGAUGACGGGAGCGGUGAUGCAGAAUCGGUAGAUUCGAAGGACGAGCUGAGAUUAUCCAGGGCCCGUUGUAUAGCUCUCGUCUGCACUGUCACAGGAGCUUCUUUUCUCAACACUCUUGCUAGCCAGAGCGUCGUUAUCAUCCUUCCUCAGAUUGGCCGGGCCCUCGAUGUUCCUGACACGAGACUUCAAUGGGUAGUAUCGUCCUACGUAUUGACAUUUGGCUGCUUCCUGUUACUCUGGGGUCGAAUCGCAGAUAUCUACGGAAAGAGACUGAUUUUUAUCCUGGGAUCUUUUUGGGUUACAAUCUGCUGUGUUGUCAAUGCUUUCAUACCUACUGAGAUCGCAUUCGAUCUAUUCCGUGGCCUUCACGGGCUGGGCGCUGCUGCUAAUGUCCCCACGGCGAUUGGUAUCCUCGGGACUACGUUUCCUCCGGGGAAGGCAAAGAACUACGCUUUCAGUGCGUACGCUGCCGGAGCCCCCCUCGGUAGCGUCUGCGGUAACCUCGUCUCCGGUCUCAUCGCGGAAUGGGCCAGUUGGAAAUGGGUCUUUGGUGCCCUAGCCAUCAUGGCCGGCAUGAUCGCCGUUGCCGGUGUCUUCUGCAUCCCGUCCCCGCCCCCGCCCCCGCCCCCGGAACUCCGACCCGAGCAUGACAACCUCCGGUCCAAGACGGCGGCCGUGGACUGGAUUGGCGCUACUCUCAUCACCUGCGGACUCCUUGCACUUAUGUUUGCUUUGACCGAGGGAAACGUUGUUGGCUGGACUGCACCCUGGAUCCCUGUGCUCAUCGUUGUUUCGUUUGGGGUCAUCGUUGCAUUCUUCUUUUGGCAGCGAUAUCUUGAGCAGAAGACGGAUCGACCGCCGCUCGUCAAGGUAUCAGUCUUCAAUAACUGGCGAUUCACAGCUGUCAUGAUCAUCAUGGGCUUUUUCUUUGGUGGCUUCAACAACUAUCUCAUUUACGCAACGUACUACUUCCAGGAUUACCAAGGUCUCUCACCACUACAGACAAUGUUGCGGUUCAUCCCUACUGGUAUAAGCGGGUUCAUUGUUGCCUUUUUCACGGCGUACUUCCUUUCACGGGUUCCGACGUUCUUUAUCCUGGCGUUUGGACAUGUGGCUGUUUGCAUUGCUGCUGUUUUAUACGCCGUGCCAAUUCCCCCGACGACCUCAUACUUCGCAUGGGGAUUCUGGGCUAUGAUCCUCUCUGUUGUUGGAGCCGACACGGCUUGGCCUUGCCUCACGCUCUUUACUUCACAUUCUCUUCCGAAAGAGGACCAAGCUGUUGGCGGAGCACUCAUCAACUCUUCUGGUAUGAUCGGUCGUGCCAUUUCAUUGGCUAUUGCCACCUCGAUACAGUCAUCUGUCAUGGCCAAAGAAAGAGGCGUAAGUGUUCAACAUGUUGGGCCAGUCAAGGAAUGGGAUGCACCGUCUCUAAAGGGUCUUCGUGCCGGAGCUUGGACAAACUUUGGCAUCCUUGUCAUUGCACUCGCACUCGUUGUGUACACUUUUAGGAGUAUGGAAAUCAUUGGAAAGAUUCCAGAUCGUCCGGAAAGAUCUGAGGGUGUGGUUAACCAGGAGGAUACAGACGUUGAGAGACGAGGAUAAUGAGGCUCCAACGUGACAAACUAAGUCAAAAAGAGGUAGUUAUGCGUAUCCAACAAGCACAGUAAGAACAAAUAUCUGGCAUUUCUAUUUGUUCCUGAUUUGGU